AUGGCUGCCACCGCCUCGCCCGCCUCACCCGUCCUCCCCGCCGCCGCCCUCGCGCCUUCAUCAGUUGCCGACCUCCUCCUGUCGUACCUCCCCUCCUCCACCCUCAACCACCAGCUCGAACACCACGCACAAGCUCUACUCGCAUCCCGCAUCCACCGCACCACCCGCCGCCAGCUCGACCACCUCCGCGGCGAGCUGCGCGACGACUUUGCCUCUCGAGCCUGGGCCGUCAAGGCCGACUGGAUGGCCAGGGUCGUCCCCGAGCACAACUCGGACGUCGACGACGUACACGAGACUGCGACCGAGGCCCUGGGCGACGACCACCGUGGUCCCGCCGACGACCUUCCCUCCUCCCCCACCUCGACCCGCCCGACCGCUUCCCUCCCGCCCACCAUCCUCUCCGACACGGACGGCGCCGCCGACAUGGCUCGACGCGUCGACGGCACGGUCGAGCACGCCCUCGCCGCCCACGUGGACCAGGCGCGACGGCGCAUCGAGGCCUCGGUGCGCCGCAGCGAGGCCGUCGAGCUCGAGCUGUGGCUCGGACAACAGAUCCUCGACGCGCUGUCGGACGCGGCGGGAGACGAGGCCCGAGCUGCCCAGCUCGUACUCGAGCGGCUCGAGGACGUGUGCUUCGAGGAGAACGUCUCGGGACUGUAGAUUGAGCUGCAGUACACCUAUCAGCCGCAC